CUUGUUAUGUUACUGUUUGGUCCCUCACUUUUGGUAUCGUGGAUGCCGCGGGUUCGGUUCCCCACCAUUGGCUGUGAGAGCUGGUCUUAUGGCAACCGCAUUGACCCCUUUCAUUUAUGUCUUGGCAGGAAAAUCAAAUGCAAUUACUUUGUUGACUGGGAUAAGUUAUGAAAAGUUGAAUGUUCAUCAUCAAUAUGUUGGAGUUGCUGCAUUUGUAUUGUCACUUAUUCAUAUCAUUCCAUUUUUACAUCAAGAUCUCGUUGAAGGUGGAGCCAGCUUAUUAUAUUCUAAUUUCCAAAAUGACUUUGCCUACUAUAGUGGUAUUCCAUCAACAAUAUUCUUAGGAUUGUUGUGUAUCCUUUCCAAAGCAUGGGUAAGAAAACAUGUCUAUGAAAUAUUUUUACAUUCUCACUGGCUUUUCGGCAUUGCUUACUUUGGUACUUUAAUUUGGCACAUUAAUAAAUCUUUAGGUGCUGAUAAUUAUAUGUGGGGAGCUCUUGCAUUUUGGGCAACCCAAAUAUUAUACCGUAUCUUGAUGAAGACUGCUUUCAAGCCAACAUCCAUGUUUUUAAGAUCAAGAGAAGCCACUCUCAGCAAGUUAGGAGACAAUGCCUAUGAAGUAACUGUUGCUAAUGCCAAGGGAUACAAAUGGGGUCCAGGCCAACAUUUCUUUCUUAGAUUUGUCGGUUCAAGAAUUCUUGACAAUCAUCCAUUCUCAAUCGCUUCCAUGUCUAGAGAUGAUGAAUCUGCUUCUGAAAUGAAGUUUAUAAUAGUUCCUCAAAAGGGAUUAACAAAGAAGCAUUAUCAAGAGCUUGAACAACACAUCACUUGUAAGAAGAAGGUUUUCCUUGAUGGUCCUUAUGGUGGUACUUUUAGAGAACCAACAGCGUUUGAUAGAGUGGUAUUGCUUAGUUCAGGAAGUGGUGUAACGGCGACGUUGCCAUUUUUAACUUAUUUGGCCAGGAAUAUUAACCAAUUGAAGAGUCAAGGAAAACCUAUUGUAACUAGAGGCAUUUCUUUUAUUUGGGUUGUUAGAAAGAGUGAACAUAUAAAUUGGAUACGACAAGAAUUGAUGGAAUGUCAAGAAUUGGCUGGUGAAUAUAUUCAAAUCCAAAUAUAUGUUACUGAACAUGAAACAAUCGAAAAGAAGAUUGAGCUUGACAGCAACGAAAAAGAUAGUUCAACUUCAAUGUUGGAAAAAACUAUCGGAAAUAAUGACUCGGAAUCAUCAGAACUUCUUCUUCCUAAAGAGUUUACCGUUGAUUUUGCAAAACCAGCUAUUCCUAGAAUAGUAAACAACUUGAGAUUAUCUAGAAGAAAUAUGAUUGUUUGUUCUGGUAGUGAAUCCAUGAAGAAAGAGGUUAGUUCUGCUACUUCAAAACUCCAAGCUUUAAUUUUCAAUAAUGAUAUUCAUAAUUCUCAUGUUGAAGAGAUUUACUUGCAUACUGAAUCUUUUGGGUGGUAGAUUUCAUUAUAAUUAUUUGUAAAUAUCGGUUAAUAAUAGAUUGCAAAAAAAUAAAAUUCAUAAUAAAUUUG